AUGAGAGACGAGAGAGAUAUCGUAGAUCUAUACGCAACCGAUUACCAACCUGUUUGGGCUGCAGGAAUUGAAUUCCCCGGUGUCAUUCCAGAAGAGAUAUCACAGUAUCUGUAUGACAAGAUCUUUGAAGAACCUGUCCGACGCCAGGCUUCUGCGCUUUCUCAUGCCAGCUCUAUUCCCCCAAAUCUCACAACGACUCCUACUCAAAACAGGAUUCAAGAUGUCUUCCCCUUUGCGCGCCUCAAAUCUUUUCCGCCAACUAUUUCUUGCGUUAAGACAAAACUAAUGGGAAAGAAGCACAACCGUGAUGAAAAUUACGUUGAUUUAAUGAAUACAUUCAUCAAUUCACUCGGCGGCAAUCUUCUUUACAAGGGCUUACCACGCCCGUCAAUGGUUAACCUAGCCUCACUCUUCGCGCCCCUGGUCUCUUCAAACACGCUUCAAAAUGAGUUCGGACCUGGUUUAUACGCUACUUCCUCACUCAAGUAUGCGUUGGACUAUGCUGGCCCAGAUGGGGUCAUUUUGAUUUUCAAGGAUAUUGACUUCCGUCCGUUGGUUAAGAUUGAUUUGGCCGGCGAAGACUGGCGAACUACGGUGGACUAUUGGACCGGGGCGACGAUUUCAAAUGUUUCUGAGCGUGUACCAGCACUCUGGGAGCGAUCCGAUAUUUUGCAAGGCCAAAUCUCCGUCAAAGAUCUAAGGUCCAAACAGAGGGUUCCCGGACCAGAUCCCCAGGUUGUGGGAGUGAGUUAUGCAGGCUUGAAUGCAUUUGCAUCUGCUUUGCACAUGAUCAUAUGGCUAGACAGUUCGCGCUGA